AUGUCCGCUCCGAACGUCCUCAACGCCGUCUCCAAGUUCGCCAUCCCUCUAUUUGUCGCCUUCUCGUUCGGACAGGCCGCCAUCUACGAUGUCAAAGGUGGAUCAAGAGCUGUGAUCUUUGAUCGUCUAUCCGGUGUCCAGGAACAGGUUGUGAAUGAGGGUACUCACUUUCUGAUUCCAUGGCUGCAGAAAGCCAUCGUCUAUGAUGUGCGAACCAAGCCCAGAAACAUCAGCACCACCACGGGCAGCAAAGACUUGCAGAUGGUCAGUUUGACCUUGAGGGUGCUACACAGACCAGAGGUCACAAAACUACCCAAGAUCUACCAGUCACUUGGCCAAGAUUACGAUGAAAGAGUACUGCCAUCCAUUGGCAACGAAGUUCUCAAGUCCAUUGUCGCCCAAUUCGAUGCAGCCGAAUUGAUUACCCAAAGAGAAGCCGUGUCGCAGAGAAUCCGAACUGAUUUGCUGCGGAGAGCUCAAGAGUUCAAUAUCGCUCUGGAAGAUGUCUCCAUUACACACAUGACCUUCGGCCGAGAAUUCACCCGAGCCGUUGAGCAAAAGCAGAUCGCACAGCAAGAUGCGGAGAGAGCGCGAUUCAUCGUCGAAAAAGCCGAGCAAGAAAGACAAGCAAAUGUCAUCCGAGCAGAGGGAGAAGCGGAAUCCGCCGACAUCAUCAGCAAGGCCGUGGCCAAGAACGGAGACGGUCUCAUUCAAAUCCGAAGAAUCGAAGCCAGUAAAGACAUUGCUCAAACAUUAGCUGGCAAUCCAAAUGUCACCUACUUGCCAGGGGGAGGAGAUUCAGAGGGCAAGGGAAAGAAUACCAGCCUGUUAUUGGGCUUGAGAGCCUAA